AUGACGCACUCUUCGGGCCCUGCGCCGGUGGGUUUCGUCCAUCCUCGCCGGUUCACCGCGGCAGAUGCGCUACAAGUCACCGACGCGGAGCGUCGACAACUGACACAGCCUCUCGUUGCCAUUGCGACGACUUCAGCACAGGUUUUCAUAACAGUCAACUCACCUCCACGCUUGACCAAACACUCCGAAAGUGGCUCUAUCAUUUAUCUUCCAUCUUCCUCUCCUUUUUGUAGAGAUUUAAAGGUGGAAAAUAUCCUUCUCUCUGAGGACGACCACGUUAAAAUUAUAGAUCACCGUCUUGACUAUGACAUUCAUUUUGCCCGUUGUCAUCACUUUGUGACAUGUGGCUCUGCUUCUUCACGCCUAACAACACCAUUAACAACCGGCUGGGAAUCACAUACAGAUGGGUCAACACACUGUGCAUCUAGAGUGCUGCCAGACGACGGUUGUGCACUUCAGCGAGCACAGAGGCUCGCGGAUCUCGUGUUGGAGGGCCCCAAGGAUCAGAUCGAUUCCGGCAUGACUUGUGUCAUCACAGCCAAUUUAUAUUCUACCGGUUGGAUGGAUCUAGAGGUUGGAGAGGCAGUAAAGGGUAGUCUAGUCUUCAAUUGA